GAUUAUUUAACCAUUUGGCAGUAUCCUUCGAUUCUCGUCCUUAGAUGAGAAGAGAUACAAGAAGAGUCAAUUUCGCUCAGCUUCUCUAGCGAGCGAUUCAUACCCGACAAUACAAGAACUUAUCUUUUCAUAUUCCAGUUCCUGGUUCUUGUAGGUAUUUUUGGAGGUCAAUAAAAAGUUACAGGAGUACAGUCUGCAGUCCUUGCAGUAAUGGAGCAAAGUGUUGCUAUUGAGGAGAAAGAGUGUUUAAGGAAUGGCCUUGAGAUGGUGAAAUCUGCCUCUGAUAAGCAUAUUGAUCUUCUCAGGCCAUCUGCUCGACACCAUUCAGUAUCUAGAGGGCAAGGUUCAGAUGCUGCAGACCGUGAAAAGGGAAAGUACACCCUUCUUAGAGAUCCUGAAGACUUCCAAGCUGGGAUUUAUGACAAACCCCUUCCAUGCUUUGGCUGCGGUGUAGGAUGGUUUUCUUUUCUUUUAGGAUUUAUGUUCCCAUUGAUGUGGUACUAUGCCACAAUACUCUAUUUUGGAAAUUAUUAUCGUAAAGAUCCUAGGGAGCGAGCUGGCCUUGCAGCAUCUGCCAUUGCUGCGUUGGCUUGUUCUGUCGUGUUGCUGGUUAUAGUAUCUUAUUGUAUUCUAUUUUAGCCCAGCACUUCACUUGCAAGUGUGCUCGAAACACGUAAAUGUCAAAACAAGACACUUUGAGUUGGAAGAAAUUGCCAAUGCAAAUGUAGAUAAGAAAGUUCUGGUGGAAGAGCAUGAAGAAUAUAGCUAUACUUCAUAAACGUAUACAAAAACUUGAAACUUCUUUCCCUGUGUAUUGGUGUACCUAUGGAUUUGUGUUAGGGAACAUUGUCAAUCAGCAUAUACUUAAACAAGAAUUUAGCGUAGAUGUUUGAGGCUUUGUUUAUAUGUGAGGAAAUCUUUAUGGGUUCAAUCAAAUAGAUUUACUUGUGUA